CUUUCUCAAUAGAAUUCCCACAAAAUAUUAGUCAGCAGGUGUCAGACCGAAUAAGGAAACUAUCAGAAUCAGUACAAUUUUCACAAAAACUCUCACAACCUUAACGAAUUCGACUUGAAAAACAUUAAUUUCUCCGAAACUGCCCCAGAAAUCGUGCACUCCACAAACCGAAAUGGAUGCUUUAGUCGACGGCCCUGCCGACAAGAAGAAGGCCCCGGUGGCCACCAAGGGAAAUAUCAAGAAGAAGGACGCCCUCCAGAUGCUGGCCACCAAUCCGCCGGCCAACCACCCACCCUCACCGUCAGGAAGUUCCAAGAAGCUGGUGGUGCAACGUCGCAAGCGAAUGAUGAAGAGUCGCCGCAGCUCCAGCUACGGAGCCCGAUCCAAGGCCAGUGGUGCUCGCUCUAACAACACGUUGAAUGAUUCCUCCGAUUCCGGUGAUGAUGAAAAGGGCUCGGUAGUAAGUACUUCGAGUGAUGAGGUGGCUAUCGAAGAGCCAGAGGUCCCCAAGAAUUCAUGUAUUCCGGUGCCGAUCCGCACCGUCCGUAAGACUGCCCCCGACGUGGAGUCGGCUUGCAAUGGACACAAGCGCCUCUGUGGCGGCGAUAAUGGCGGCGGAAUGCCCCCCCUACAAAAGGAUAACCUGAUUGCCGGAUUGAGUGAACUGAUCCAGUUCAAGAAGACCAAGUGCCCAGCUCUCACUAAAGAUGAGGAGACACAGAAGGAAGUGACCGAAAGCCUCAAAACCCAGAUGGCCAUUUGUGCUCGACGCCUGAUCUCCAUCCUGAAGACCAACAAGGAGGAGGGCUAUAAUUCGGGGCUCGUGGACGUUGCUGAAAUCCCGGUCGAUGGCUAUGAUAUCGAUCUGAUUAACAAGCUACUGGCUAUUGCUCGUCGAAUCAACCAGUAUGUUGGUGUAUUUGUGACCAAGUGUCCCACCUCUUCCGUCAAGUGGCGGGCUUCCUUGGAAAUGAACAUUCGCUACCACGACCUGGUCGAGUGCGAGGCCCAGCUGAUGGCCGAUGUUAACCAGCUGACGAUGAACGAGGCGGUGGUGCAGUGGUGGUGGAUCUGCUGCCGUUCCAUCUACUUGCUGAGGGAUUUAUACAUUGCGUUUGGAGACAAGAAGAUGGUACUAAUCGUGGAGACCAUUAGGACCAUCGACUGGUUCUACAUGCAGUGUUCUAGCCAGAAGGACUAUUACCAAACGGUUUAAAUAAGUUAUUUUUCCAAAAUUUUCAAGUUUUGGGGGCAAUAUCAGA